AUGAUAGUAGAAGUAGAAGAAAGUCAGAUGGAAGAAGAUACAAGGGAAAUAAAUGAAAAUCAAACAGCAUCCAUCACUCAAACUGGUUUGAGUGAUUAUUCAGAUUGUCUUGAAAUAAAUGAAAAUAAAACAUCAUACACCCCUCAAACUGGUUUAAGUGAUUAUUCGGAUUGUCUUGAGCCAAACGGAACGUUAAGGAUGUACUGGUUUGACGCAUUUCAGACAACAAAAAAUGGUGUCGUUUUUCUGUUUGGAAAAAUACUAAACAAAAAAACUAAUGAAUACCUCAGUUGUUCGGUGACUGUUCGUGGACUUGAACGUAGUUUUUUUGUUCUACCAAGACCUCAUCGAGUUGUAAAUGGCAAAAUCACCGACAUUGUAGUUGUCAUGAAUGAUGUUAAAGUGGAAUUAGAAAAAAUCUUACAAAGCUACAGGAUUACGACAUGGGCAUCCAAAGAAGUCUCGCGCAAAUACUGCUUUGAACUGGCUGAUGUUCCCUCUAACACUAAUUAUCUAAAAGUCAUCUAUUCUUUCUCUCUACCUGAGUUGCCGGCUAACUUGAGUGGCGAGACAUUUAGUCACCUAUUUGGAGUCAAUAGAAAUCCUUUAGAAUUAUUCAUUAUAAAACGUAAAAUAAUGGGUCCUUGCUGGCUAGAAAUCCAAAAUCCCAACUUUAAAAAGAAUAAGGAGUCCUAUUGCCGAAUAGAGGCUGUUAUUAUGGAUCCAAAGCUUAUCAAUCCGUUAAAAGGAAUGGAUCAAACUUCUCCAAAAAAAGUGCCUCCGCUGACAAUCAUGAGCAUCAGUCUAAAGACAGUAUUGAAUCGUCAAAAAAAAGUCAAUGAAAUUGUUUUGGCAAGCUUGUUGAUUUACCCUAAUGUAUCCAUCGAAGAUAACCUUUCAGACCAUAAUUUGCCUCGAAACCAAUAUACAGCGAUUAGACCAAUAACACAAUAUCCUUUGAGAUUUCACGAAAGGAUACGCCAAAAAAAGAUGACUAUUGAAAUUUUGCAAACUGAAAAAUCGAUUUUAAAUUAUUUAUUAGCAAUAAUUGCAAGAACAGAUCCGGAUGUCUUGAUCGGGCACAACUUUAUUGGUUUUGAUUUGGAUAUUUUGUUACACCGAAUGAAAGAACAUAAAGUGCAAGAAUGGUCAAAAAUCGGUAGAUUACAUAGAUCGAUAUGGCCCAAGUUACAAUCGGGCGCUGGUGGCAUGAGUGAAUCGACUUAUGAUGAAAAAGCUGUUGUUAGUGGACGUUUAAUCUGUGAUACGUAUCUGAAUGCAAGAGAACUCAAAAUAAAAUCGAAAAAUUAUACAUUGACAGACCUUGCGUCUAGUCAACUCCAUAUCGAGCGCAAAGAAAUCGAUUUUGCAAAAGUGGAUACGUAUUUUUCGUCAACCGAUUCUUUAACCGAAUUGAUUUUCAGCUGCCAGAAAGAUGCGCAGAUAACUUGUCAAUUAAUGUUUAAAUUGCAAAUAUUGCCACUUACUAAAGAAUUGACUACGGAAGCUGGCAAUCUAUGGUCUAAAACUCUUACUGGAUCGAGGGCUGAACGUAAUGAAUAUCUCUUACUUCAUGAAUUUCAUAAAAAUAAGUAUAUUUGUCCAGAUAAGCAUUAUAAAGGACGGGAAAACAAUCAAGAGAAUUUGAAUGGAAAUACUAGCAGCAGAAGAAAGCCAGCCUAUUCAGGUGCUCUUGUUUUUGAUCCAAAAACAAGACUUUACGAUAAAUACGUGCUUAUGCUGGACUUCAAUAGUUUAUAUCCCUCCAUCAUUCAAGAGUACAACAUAUGCUUCACUACUAAUAAACUCGAGUCUUUGGAAGAAUCAGACGAGAACACAGAAAUUCCAGAUUCGAAUGUACCUCGGGGGAUUCUUCCAAAAUUAUUGGCAUAUCUGGUGGAAAGGCGAAAAGGAGUGAAGCGUCUUAUGAAAGAUCCUAAUAUAUCAGAAACUCAACGUACUCAAUUUGAUAUUCGUCAACAAGCUCUCAAGCUCACAGCCAAUAGUAUGUACGGUUGCUUGGGUUUUACGCAUUCGAGAUUUUACGCCAAAGAACUUGCCAUGUUGAUUACCUCGAAAGGUCGAGAAAUUUUACAAAAUACUCGCGAUUUUGCUGAAAGUGAACAAAUGGAUGUUAUUUAUGGCGACACGGACUCUAUUAUGAUUAAUACUAAUGAGACGGACCUGGAUAAAGCUCGCGAGUUGGGUUAUAAUCUAAAGAAAAAAAUUAAUCAACGAUACAAGCUAAUAGAGAUCGAUUUGGACGCGGUGUAUGAACGUUUGCUUUUACUUAAAAAGAAAAAAUAUGCUGCAAUUGUUGUCGAAACAAAAAACGGCAAGCUGAUUAGAAAGCCAGAAAUGAAAGGACUUGAUUUGGUUAGAAGAGACUGGUGUGAAUUAGCGCAAGAUGUUUCAAAAUAUGCCUUGGAUCAGAUUCUAUCGUUUUCCGAUCGUGAAGAAAUCUUAGAAAAUAUUCACAAGUAUCUUACAUAUGUAGCUGAACAGACGCGUUCAGAAGCAUAUCCCCUCGAGAAAUUUAUCAUUAACAAGAAUCUGACCAAAAAUCCAACAGAAUACGCCGAUACCAAAGCCCAGCCGCAUGUUCAAGUUGCCCUUCGAAGGAUGAAAAAUAACCAAAGUGCUCGUGUAGGUGAAACAAUUCCCUACAUAAUUUGCAAAGCGAAUGAAUCAAAUAAAAACGAUAAUUUUGCCAGUCGAGCCUAUCAUCCCGACGAAAUAAAAAAUUGUGAAUCUUUAAAAAUAGAUUCUGAAUGGUACUUGAAUACACAAAUCCAUCCAUGUGUCACGAGAUUAUGUGAACCUCUUGAAGGAACAGACAGCGUAAGAAUAGCAGCUAGUUUAGGAUUGGAGACACAAAAGUUUCGGUCUGGAAAUUACUCUUCAUCUUAUGAAGACAAAUUUAAGAAUGAAGAAAGAUUUGCCGAUGUAGAAAAGUUCCAGCCAAUUUGUAGAUACUGCAAAUCGCGAUUUAUAUUUGAAUCCAAUGGAAGCGAUCUCGCUGCAUCAGGCAUUUCUUGUGGAAAUCAAGAAUGCAAACGUACUCUUCAGAUGCCAUCACUGGUUGCCCAAAUAAAUCGUCAAAUUAAAAGUCAUAUCCAACGAUAUUACGAUGGCUGGUUUGUAUGCGAUGAAAUGGCAUGUCAAUAUCGAACAAAGACGAUUAAUUUAAAAUGCCAGAUUUCUGGUUGCCCAGGUGCAAUGACUGAAGAA